AUGGCCACCUAUUACCAGCAACGCGCCAGCGCCGGUUUGAUCAUCAGCGAAGGCACCCAGAUCGAGCCGCGCGGCAAGGGCUAUGCCUGGACGCCGGGGAUCUACAGCCAGGCGCAGAUCGACGGCUGGCGCACGGUUACCGACGCCGUGCACGCUGAAGGCGGAGUGAUAUUCGCCCAGUUGUGGCACGUCGGCCGGGUGUCCCACACCGACCUGCAACCGGACAACGCAGCGCCCAUCGCGCCGUCGGCGAUCCAGGCCCAGAAGGUCAAGGCCUUCAUCGAAACCGCUCCGGGUACCGGCACGCUGGUUGAGCCGUCCCUGCCACGGGAACUGAGCGUGACGGAAAUCAAAGCGCUGGUGGAGCCUAUGCCCAGGCGGCACGCAACGCGCUCAGCGCCGGUUUCGACGGCGUUGAAAUUCACUCGGCCAACGGCUACCUGGUCAACCAGUUCAUCUCCGCCCACGCCAACCAGCGCACGGAUGAAUACGGCGGUUCGCUGCACAACCGCCUGCGUUUCCCUGCGCGAAGUCGUACAGGCCGUCAGCGCCGUGGUUGGCCCUGAUCGUGUUGGCGUCCGGUUUACGCCGCUAUUCACCAGCACUGACGAAGACCGCGUGUACAUCGGCUUCGUCGAAGAAGAUCCGCAUCCAGACCUUACAUCGAAGCCAUCAAGGUGCUGGAAGGGCCGGUAUCGCGCUACCUGUCGAUUGCCCGCGACCGACUGGCCGAACGCUCGGACCUGCCAGAAGCGUUUCGCCGUGAGGUCAGAAGCACCUUCAGCGGCAAAGUCAUGUAUGCCGGCCUGUACACCCGCCGAAGCGCGGCGCGCCUGUGGACGCGGGCCUGGCCGACCUGAUUGCCCGUUCGGCCGCCCGCUUUAUCGCCAACCCCGAUCUGCCCCGGCGCAUCGCCGGGGCUGGCAUUGGGUGCCUGGACCACCUGUAUGGCGGUGGCGAGCAAAGCUUCACCGAAUUACCCGCUUGCAAGUGGCAGGCUGCUCGCCUCCCGGGGCGCCGGUGGCGAUUGCUGCACGCCGCCAGGACAAACUGGAAGCGGUGGUGGCGGAAUCACCUCGCAAGGUCCGCAUCGCCAGAAGGCCUGUGCCGCUCCGACGUCGCAAAAGCAACGGUGACAGCAGUGAAGCUGCGGUUGUCGCCGAACUUCGGCAGAACCCGACAGUUGCGCUGCUCUGGCAUUGCUGCUCUGCCGCCUUCUCUAGCUGGGAGAGCCGCAUCAUCACACCUGAGUUCGGUGGCCGGGGUCAAGUCGUGUUUACCCGGCAGCGGUUUAUUCGAGCCGCGGUCGCCGUCAGCGCCAUUUCGAAGGCUUGCGCGGAAGUCGGCGAAGGUCCGGUCGACCUCGAUCGCCCCCGACGCGUAGACAGCGACCUCAAACACAGCACCUCCAGGCACCGCCACGGACCUUACGGUAUUGGACUUCUACAACUAAGCCAUUCCCGCGGCGUCGGUUGGGCAUGCCAUCGCCUUGCCAUCCGACAGCCGGACGACGUGGACAUCAACGAGAUUGUGCCGUCCAGCCCGGCAAGUGUUUUAAGGGAGGGUCGAUGCGAGCAA